GAAUCAGAUUAGAUGGAGAGGUGGACCUGAUCCUAGAUCAUAAUGAAUCAGAUUAGAUGGACAGGAGGAGCUGAUCCUAGAGCAACGCUCCUCCUCUGGGACACUGCCUGUAUGAAACAGAACACAUAGUUGUAAAUUCUAGUUACAGCAGGUGUUUACUGCCAUCUAGUGGAAGAUACUAAUAUAACACUUUAUUAUCAGGGUGGGGAGGCGGCUGAGCUGAAACAGAACACAUAGUUGUAAAGUCUAGUUACAGCAGGUGUUUACUGCCAUCUAGUGGAAGAUACCAAUAUAACACUUUUAUUGUCAGGGUGGGGAGGCGGCUGAGCUGAAACUGAAAGUAAAGUUGUUCUUUUGUUCAGGAUCCAUUUUGAGACGACAGAGCAGAAAAGACUAUAUGGAGAUUAUUGAAAAGUAAAGGGUCAGUGCUCUAAAAUGAGUCUCUCUGGGGAGAGAGAGGAGGGGGGCCCUGCCUCUAAAAUGAGUCUCUCUGGGGAGAGAGAGGAGGGGGGCCCUGCCUCUAAAAUGAGUCUCUCUGGGGAGAGAGAGGAGGGGGGCCCUGCCUCUAAAAUGAGUCUCUCUGGGGAGAGAGAGGAGGGGGGCCCUGCCUCUAAAAUGAGUCUCUCUGGGGAGAGAGAGGAGGGGGGCCCUGCCUCUAAAAUGAGUCUCUCUGGGGAGAGAGAGGAGGGGGGCCCUGCCUCUAAAAUUCAUCUCUCUGAGGGACAUGACACCAAAGAUAAGAGACCAAUCAAGCAGGAGAGACCAGCCUCCCCUGUUCCCAGCUGUGUGUCCAUGAAGAGUGACCUGUCUAUGUAUCUACCUAUAAACUUUAGAGAGGGAGACUUUUCUACUGAACAAAGAAACCAACAGGGGAGAUCAGAGUCAGAGAUUCUCAGUGGUCAGUCUUCCCAGAGUCAUCAAACAGACCUGGCCUCCAUAUUCAGUAUGCUUGAAGUAAAAAUUAUGACAUUUGUGAAGAACGAGCUGAAGAUGUUCAAGAGGAUCCUUAGUCCAGAACUCCCAGAAGGCUUUGAGAGUCAGAAGCAGGAUAAGGAAGUGGUGGAUGCUGAAGAUGAGCAGCAGGAGAGCAGUGCCAGAGAGGGGGCUCUGAAGAUCACACUGCACGUCCUGAGGAAGAUGAACCAGAAGGAGCUUGCUGACACACUGGAGAAAUAUGAGCUCGCUGUGAUUUGCCAACGUGAACUCAAAUCUAAUCUAAAGAAGAAGUUUCAAUGUGUAUUUGAGGGGAUCGCUAAACAAGGAAACCCAACACUUCUCAAUAAGAUCUACACAGAGCUCUACAUCACAGAGGGUGGAACAGGAGAGGUCAAUAAUGAACAUGAGCUGAAACAGAUUGAGACAACAACCAGGAAACAAGCAAGACCAGAGACUCCAAUCAAAUGUAACGACAUCUUCACACCCUUAACUGGAGCAGACAAACCUAUCAGAACUGUGCUGACAAAGGGAGUCGCUGGCAUUGGAAAAACAGUCUCUGUGCAGAAGUUCAUUCUGGAUUGGGCUGAAGGAAAAGCAAAUCAGGAUGUCCAAUUUGUAUUUUCAUUCCCUUUUCGGGAGCUGAAUUUGAUGAAAGAGGACAAACACACUUUCAUUGAACUUCUUAAUCACUUCUCAAUGGAAACCAAACAAUCAAGAAUCUCCAUCUACAACAAGUACAAAGUUCUGUUCAUCUUUGAUGGUCUGGAUGAGUGCCGACUGCCCCUAGACUUCCAGAAGAACAAGAUCUGUUGGGACGUCACAGAGUCAACGUCAGUGGAUGUUCUGCUGACAAAUCUCAUCAAGGGAAAUCUGCUUCCCUCUGCUCUCCUCUGGAUAACUACCCGACCUGCAGCAGCCAAUAAGAUCCCUUCAGUGUGUGUUGACCAGGUGACAGAGGUACGAGGGUUCAAUGACCCACAGAAGGAUGAGUACUUCAGGAAGAGAUUCAGGGAUGAGGACCUGGCCAGCAGAAUCAUCUCACACAUAAAGACAUCAAGGAGCCUCCACAUCAUGUGCCACAUUCCAGUCUUCUGUUGGAUUUCUGCAACAGUCCUUGAGCACAUGCUGAAACAUAAGAGAGAAGAGAUGCCCAAGACUCUGACUGAGAUGUACACACACCUUGUGGUGUUUCAUACCAAACAGAAGAAUGAAAAGUAUCUUGGGAAAGAAGAGACAGGUCCACACUGGAAUAAAGAGAGCAUUCUGUCACUGGGAAAACUGGCUUUUCAACAGCUUGUGAAUGGCAAUCUGAUUUUCUAUGAAGAAGACCUGAAAGAGGCUGGCAUUGAGGUCAAUGAAGCCUCAGUGUACUCAGGAUUGUGCACACAGCUCUUUAAAGAGGAACGUGGGCUGUACCAGGACAAGGUGUACUGCUUUGUUCAUCUGAGCAUUCAGGAGUUUCUGGCUGCUGUAUAUGUGUUCCUCUCAUUCAUCAACAACAAUGAGAAUCUAAUGGACAAACCGCAAACAACGUCCAGGAACCUUUCUGUGAGGAUCAAACAAAGGCGUAAAGUUACUUUCUACAAGAGUGCUGUGGAUAAAGCCUUACAAAGUGAGACAGGAAACUUGGACCUUUUCCUCCGUUUCCUUCUGGGCCUCUCACUGGAGUCCAAUCAGAAGCACUUACGAGGUCUACUGACAAAGACAAGAAGCAGCUCACAGAGCCAUGAAGAAACAGUCAAGUACAUCAAGGAGAAGAUCAGGGAGGAUCUCUCUCCAGAGAGGAGCAUCAAUCUGUUCCACUGUCUGAAUGAACUGAAUGACCAUUCUCUAGUGGAGGAGAUCCAAAGCUACCUGAGAUCAGGAAGUCUCUCAGAACCCAACCUGUCACCUGCACAGUGGUCAGCUCUGGUCUUUCUGUUGCUGACUUCAGAAAAGGAGCUGGAUGUGUUUGACCUGAAGAAAUACUCCAGAUCAGAGGAAGGUCUUCUGAGGCUGCUGCCAGUGGUCAAAGCCUCCAGAGCUGCUCUGCUGUCAGGCUGUGGAGUCACAGAGGAAGGCUGUGCUUCUCUGGUCUCAGCUCUGGAGUCAAACCCCUCACAUCUGAGAGAGCUGGAUCUGAGUAACAAUGACCUGAAGGAUUCAGGAGUGAAGCUGCUCUCUGCUGGACUGGGGAAUCCCCACUGUAAACUGGAGACUCUGAGGCUGUCAGGCUGUCUAGUCACAGAGGAAGGCUGUGCUUCUCUGGUCUCAGCUCUGAGGUCAAACCCCUCACACCUGAGAGAGAUGGAUCUGAGUAACAAUGACCUGAAGGAUUCAGGAGUGAAGCUGCUCUCUGCUGGACUGGGGAAUCCCCACUGUAAACUGGAGACUCUGAGGCUGUCAGGCUGUGGAGUCACAGAGGAAGGCUGUGCUUCUCUGGUCUCAGCUCUGAGGUCAAACCCCUCACACCUGAGAGAGCUGGACCUGAGCUACAAUCACCCAGGAGACUCAGGAGUCAGACUGCUCUCUGCUGGACUGGAGGAUCCACACUGCAGACUGGAGAAACUCAAGCUGUCAGGCUGUCUAGUCACAGAGGAAGGCUGUGCUUCUCUGGUCUCAGCUCUGGAGUCAAACCCCUCACACCUGAGAGAGCUGGAUCUGAGUAACAAUGACCUGAAGGAUUCAGGAGUGAAGCUGCUCUCUGCUGGACUGGGGAAUCCCCACUGUAAACUGGAGACUCUGAGGCUGUCAGGCUGUCUAGUCACAGAGGAAGGCUGUCCUUCUCUGGUCUCAGCUCUGGAGUCAAACCCCUCACACCUGAGAGAGCUGGUCCUGAGUAAUAAUGACCUGAAGGAUUCAGGAGUGAAGCUGCUCUCUGAUGGACUGGGGAAUCCCCACUGUAAACUGGAGACUCUGAGGCUGUCAGGCUGUCUAGUCACAGAGGAAGGCUGUGCUUCUCUGGUCUCAGCUCUGAGGUCAAACCCCUCACACCUGAGAGAGCUGGAUCUGAGCUACAAUCACCCAGGAGACUCAGGAGUCAGACUGCUCUCUGCUGGACUGGAGGAUCCACACUGCAGACUGGAGAAACUCAAUGUGGAACAUGGUGGAGAGAACAGAAUGAAACCUGGACUUAGAAAAUAUGUCUGUGAUCUCACACUGGACCUAAACACAGUAAACAGACUCCUCUCUCUAUCUGAGGAGAACAGAAAGGUGACAUGGAGGAGAGAGGAGCAGCCGUAUCCUGAUCACCCAGAGAGAUUUGAGGACUGUAGACAGGUGCUGUGUAGAGAGGGUCUGACUGGGCGCUGUUACUGGGAGGUAGAGUGGAGUGGAAGAGGGGCUGUUAUAGGAGUGACAUAUAAAGGAAUCAGCAGGAGAGGAGGGGUUAAGGAAUGUUAUCUUGGAUGGAAUGACAAGUCCUGGAGUCUGAACUGCUCUGACAACAGUUACAUUGCCUGGCACAAUAAUAAUCCCACUACCAUAGACGUCCCCUCCUCCAGCUCCCACAGAGUAGGAGUGUAUCUGGACUGGCCAGCCGGCACUCUGUCCUUCUAUAGAGCCUCCUCUGACACACUGACCCACCUGAUCACAUUCACCUCCACAUUCACUGAGCCCCUCUAUCCAGGGAUUUAUGUUUGUGUUGACUCCUCAGUGUCCCUCUGUCAGUGAUACACACACACACACAGGACACACACACACAGGACACGCACACACUGGACACACACACACUCUGGACACACACACAAUGGUCACACACACACACUGGACACACACACACACACACUGGACACACACACACUGGACUCACACACACAC